GGAGGUGAGAGGAAGAGGGGCGAGAGUGACCAGUAAUUAGUAACACAUAUCUAAACUUCCUUGUGAGGCUGGUAAUAGUAAUUACAUCAUCUCUGAGAUUGUUUUCCCUUUUUGUAAAAACUUAAAGCAAACAAACACCAUGACCACCAACCUCCGUUGUGACGUCAGUGUGUUUGUGUUUCCUCCAGAGGCUGACGGCUCACCUCCACUCUCUGAAAACCCCUCCAUACGUCAUCAACCUGGACCCGGCCGUCCACGAGGUCCCCUUCCCUGCAAACAUUGACAUCCGGGACACCGUGAACUACAAGGAGGUGAUGAAGCAGUACGGCCUCGGACCCAACGGGGGCAUCGUGACGUCACUCAACCUGUUCGCCACGCGCUUUGAUCAGGUGAUGCACUUCUUGGAGAAGAAGCAGCAGAACCACCGCUACAUUCUGAUCGACACCCCGGGUCAGAUUGAAGUCUUCACCUGGUCUGCGUCUGGAACCAUCAUCACGGAGACUCUGGCCUCGUCCUUCCCCUGCGUGGUGAUCUACGUGAUGGACACAUCUCGCAGCGUCAGCCCCGUCACGUUCAUGUCCAACAUGCUGUACGCCUGCAGUAUUCUCUACAAGACCAAGCUGCCCUUCAUCGUCGCCAUGAACAAAACCGACAUCAUCGACCACAGCUUCGCGGUGGAGUGGAUGCAGGACUUUGAGGUCUUCCAGGACGCUCUGAACCAGGAGACCUCGUAUGUGAGCAACCUGACGCGCUCCAUGAGUCUGGUGCUGGACGAGUUCUACACCAACCUGAGGGUGGUGGGCGUGUCCGCGGUGACCGGAGGCGGAUUGGACGAGCUGUUCGUUCAGGUGGAGGACGCUGUGGUGGAGUACGAGAGAGACUAUCGACCCGAGUAUGAAAGACUCCGUAAACAGUUGGCGGAUGCUCAGAGCAGGAAGCAGCAGGAGCAGCUGGAGCGACUCAGGAAGGACCUGGGAGCCGUGGACAUGACGAGCACACCUUCAUCAGACGGAGCCGACACAGCCGGGCCCAGUGACCUCAUCAUGACACGUGGUAACCCUGACGACAGCGAGGAGGACGAGGACAGCGACAUGGACGACAUCGAUCACAGCGGUGAGAAAAGAAAACGGCCGUUUACACACCAUAAAAAAACUAAAAGAAUCCUCAGUGAUCACCUGCACACUGUUUAACAAUACUACAGAGCGCUUCUAUGUUGCCUCCACAUGGUUCUCAACAUGGUCCUGGCUGAGCCAACGGCUAGCAGCUAACAGUACGAACGGUGUUAACUUAAUGCCUCACAUGCACUAAAAACUACGCUCACAUGCACUAAAAACACGCUCUCGUGCACUAAAGGGCACGUUCACAUGCACUAAAGGGUACACUCACAUGCACUAAAGGGCCGCUCUCAUGCACUAGCAUGCCCUAAAAGGCAUGCUCACAUACACUAAAGGACACGCUCACAUGCACUAACAUGCACUAAAGGGCACGCUAUCAUGCACUAAAAGGAACGCUCACAUGCACUAAAAGGAACGCUCUCAUGCACUAAAAGGAACGCUCUCAUGCACUAAAAGGAACGCUCACAUGCACUAAAAGGAACGCUCACAUGCACUAAAAGGCACGCUCAUGCACUAAAGGGCACGCUCUCAUGCAUUAAAGGGCACGCUCUCAUGCACUAAAAUGAACCCUCGCAUGCACUAAAAUGAACGCUCGCAUGCACUAAAGGAACCCUCACAUGCACUUAAGGGCACGCUCACAUGCACUAACGGACACGCUCACAUGCACUAAAAUGCACUAAAGGAAGGCUCACAUGCACUAAAGGAACGCUCGCAUGCACUAAAAGGAACCCUCACAUGCACUAAAGCAGUUGUCCCCAAACUAAGGCCCGCGGGCCGGACACGGCCCG